AUGUCAAUUGAAUGUUGUAAAUAUGCGGGUAGAUUUGAACAAAAAGAAAGAAAAGAGUAUAAACAAUUAAAAGAAGAUUUAGAUAAUAUAGGAUCGAUAUUGGAAAGAGCAAAAGAGUUGAAUCAACAUUUUAUAGAGACGAUUGGUGAUAGACCUGUUUGUGCACCUUAUGACAAACAACAGAUAAAUACUGCUGAUGAUAAUCAUGACUCCUCCUCUUUAUCAUUAUCGGAAGAGGGAAUAGGAGCAACGAGGGCAUUGGAAUACUUUUGGAAGAGAUUUGGUGAUGGUGUGUCGGGAAGUGCUGGUCCGCGGUACCUUGGGUUUGUAGUGGGUGGUGUGACACCUGCUUCAUUGGUUGGAGAUUGGACAUGCAGUACAAUCGAUCAGAAUGCACAGUUAUCGGGUGACACUGUGUCUGCUGCCAUCGAGCAUCUAACCAUUCGACAGUUACUGGAAUUGCUAGGGUUACAAGACCAUCGUUUACAAGAGAGUGACAAUGAAUCUUUUACAGGCAGCUUUGUCAGUGGCGCUACGAUGGCUAAUUUUGUUGGGUUGGCUAUUGCACGUCAAUGGGUUGGCGAGAAACAGUCGAUCGAUGUAGCAGAGAAUGGAAUGGACGGUGUCAAGAUACGUCUGUUGACUGCCAACGCCCACAGUAGUAGUGUCAAAGCAUUGAUAUUCAAGAACCAGUCUCCCUACCUCGCCGAUCCCAUCUGUCGACCCGACAACUAUCUUCAUCUGACACCCGAGAAUUCACGUCGCUUCAGAGCUCUCCCUUUAUGGAUGGCACUCAAAGCAUAUGGUCGUCGUGGAAUGGUCAAUAUAGUUGAAAGAAAUGUUGAACUUGCUCAAUCUCUUGGUAAAUGGGUUAGUGACUCUAGUAGUAGUAAUAUAUCAUCAUCGUCAUCACCAAGUCAGAUAUUAUUUAAACUAUUAUCACCUGUACAUCUCAAUGUUGUAUGUUUUGCAUUGGAUGGAUUGGGAGAGCAUUAUGACACCAAACAACUAGUACACUUUAGAAAUAGAUUCCUCGAGCUUCUCGACCGACACGGUAAAGUUCGUUGUACACCAACCAUGUAUAAUGGGCAACCCGGUAUCCGUGCAGCAUUUGUCAAUUGGAUGACUCAAUCUACCGAUCUCUCCAUUGCAAUCGAAUCAUUGAAAUAUUGUAGAUUACAAUUAUCAAAAGAUCAAUCUCAAAAUCAAUAA